AUGAUUAGCAAACUGUACAAGCCUGAAGAGGAAGUCUGCUAUGGCGACGGUCGCGAACAGCAGCUUUUAGACUUUGUCAAAAGCCAUCCUCGCUUCAAUCUGAUGGAGAAUAAUCCAAGCGAGGUGCUAUCUGCUAUAGACGAGUUUGGUCACCAGGAGAACUUCCUCAUGAACGUAGGAAAGAACAAAGGUGCCAUAGUCUCUAAUAUCAUCGCGGAGAAGUCCCCAGCGCUCAUGGUGGAGCUGGGGGGCUAUAUCGGCUACUCUGCCAUACUCUUUGGUGAUGCACUGAGGAAGGCAGGCGGCCAGAAGUACAUAAGCCUCGAGAUUAAUGAGACGUUUGCUUCUGUGGCAUCCUCUUUAAUUUCGAUCGCUGGCUUGAAUGACAUUGUUGAGGUCAGGGUUGGCCCAUGCGUCGCUUCGUUGCAGAGGAUUCGACAAGAAAAUGUGAAUCUCCAGAUCGACUUGCUUUUCCUUGAUCAUCAGAAAUCGGCGUAUGUUACCGACCUGAUGCUCUGUGAAGAGCUUUCCCUGAUUCGUUCCGGUUCUAUAGUUGUGGCCGACAAUGUCAUAUCUCCAGGAGCGCCAUUCUACCUUGAUUAUAUCCGAGGUUCCCGGCAAGAGAAGGAACGGCUACGUGGUCAGUUGGCCAAGGAAGAUGAGCGAUUGUUACGCCUUGGGAACUGCAGUCUAAAGUACACCUCUAGACUUCAUAAAGGCUUUGAGCCGACUGGAGAACCUGAUGGUGUUGAAGAGUCAGUCUGCGCUUAG